CCCGCCUCAUUCACCCGCAAUAUAUUAGCCGUCAGGCAGUCUUCAAUCCUCUCGGGACUCUUCUGGUUCAAUCCGCCUGGCCGCCAUCAUGGCCCUCGUCUGAGUCGUCUCCUUCCCCGCUAAUCCUGCGUAGUACCACGAUUCUGGAUUCUGGGGCAGCCCGACUCAUGUCCACACCUUGCAUACUUCGCAGGUAUGUGUAGACACCAACCAGCAUUCCGAUGCUCCCAACGGGCAACGGCGCAACGGUUUGUCUCUCACUCCCUCCUCUCCCGUCAGGAGUCAGGCCUCAACGUAUCCACAACCGCCCAUCCUACCUAUAUCAUCUAUGUAGGUACAGUAUGUAUGUAUGUACUCCUACCAAGGUAGAUAACCCACAGCACACCUACUUCCCGUGCGCAUUGAGGGCCAAACCAACAUUGCACCUUCUUCGUGCGCCACGCACACGCUAGACGAACUAGGCAAGGGUCUGGGGUGCAGCUAUCUCUUCUCCUUCCCAUGUUCUGGCGUAGCAUCUACCUACCCCACUGGGCGCUAGUCGGCCCCUCUCGCUCCUGGGUGUGUACUCCGUUGGAGAGUCCCAACGGAGGAACGGUCUACGCUACCUCCCUACGACUAAUAUGGUGUAGGCCGUGUACCACGUCGCAAGGCCCCCCUGCCAACUGCCUGGGAAUCUCAAGCGACCCAAAGGACAACCCAAGCGGUCGCAAUAUAUUGACCCCAGACCCUUCACUUCCCCCACGGUCUCGAGGUUUCCUAGUUCUCUCUCCAUUUCCGAUCGCAGUGUCUUCCCAUCCGACGCGCCGCCUUUGUCCCGCCAUCCGUCUGACCCGUUACCGUCCCGGUUCGCACAACCAUUUCUGACUUUGGGAUCGACUGACCAGCGGCCCACCAUCGGUGAACCGUUCGCGCGGCUCGGCCCCCAGCUCAGACACCAAGCUGCG